CUCCGACGGCUUAAUAAACAGUUAAAUGACGAAAUCAAAGGGCAAAUACCCGAAUUAUCGCUUAUGAUUAACUUUGCACCUACUGGUCCAGUGGAGAGCCAAAUAAGAUCGAAUAACAGGACUACUGCUGUAGUGGUCCGUUCAGAUAUAGUGGGCAAUAAAAUACAAGAUGAUGCUUGGCGCUUGAUCGAGUUGUUGACCAAAGAGGAUGACCGCGACAACCCUCUUGUAUAUGCCAUCGUUGGAAUGGGAGGGAUUGGCAAAACCACCCUGGCCAAAUUAGUAUUUGAUGAUCACAUAAUCGCAAGCCGCUUUCAGGUAAAUGUGUGGGUCUCUGUAUCCCAGAAUUACAAUGAAAAUGAUAUAUUGAGAAACAUCAUAACAUCUGCUGGCGGAGAUGGUGAGCGUUGUUACAAUUUUGACUCGCUCAGUAAGAAGGUUAUCGAUAUCGUGAAAGACAAAAGGGUAUUUAUGGUGUUGGAUGAUGUGUGGGAGACUAAGAGAGUAUGGAAUGACAUGUUGAGAAUCUUGCUAAAGAGGGGCGUUGCAGAAGGAAGCAGGGUGCUUGUCACCACAAGAAACGAAGAGGUUGCAGCUCAGAUGAUGGCAGUCCACUCCCAACGCGUGCAGCCAUUGCCUCUAGAAGAUGGGUGGUCACUGCUCUGCAAGUCAGCUUUUCCUGCUUGGCAGCAGCAGGAAGCGAAGGAUGACAAAUGGAACCUCAAAGAUAUCGGCAUAGAACUUGUCAAAAAAUGUGAUGGACUACCACUAGCGAUCAAUGCCCUAGGAGGGAUGUUGUCCGCCCGGACCAAAACAAGAGAAUCAUGGGAGUAUGUUCUCAAUGACAGUACGUGGGAGGUAAAAGGGCUUCCUAAAGAAAUUCACUCUGUUUUAUACGUUAGUUACCAAGACCUGGCUACAAAUAUCAAGCGAUGUUUCUUGUAUUGUUCAUUGUUUCCUAAAGGCAGAUAUUUUAAGAUUAUGAAUGCAAAAAACCUUUGGAUCCAGGAGGGGCUCAUCAAUGAUGAAAAGAAAAAAUCAUCGCACGAUGUUGCAGAAAGGUACUUCAGAAUACUAGUACAGAGGAACCUCGUGAUACUAGAUCGAGUAUACAUAGAAGCAGCCUAUUUUAAAAUGCAUGACCUUGUCUUCUCACUCUCACAGUUUUUAACUAGAAACGAGAAUCUUGUCGCUACAGAAGAAAAAGAGAUUUUAAAUUCUGAAUUCGAUGGAAAGAUAAAGAAGCUACGACGUCUUUCUUUUAUAGGCGGCCAUAAUGAAACGACUAACAUCCAAAAAAAAUGUCUGCAAGAACAGGUGUCGUUGAGGACCCUUUUGAUCUUCAAUAAAACCAUUGGUAAUAUUGAUAAUGACCUCUUCAAUCAUCUUCGUCAUCUUCGGACACUAUGGCUCCAAGGAACUAAAGUUACAGAAUUGCCUGCAUCCCUAGGUUCCCUCAAGCUGCUAAGGUACCUAAACCUAUCACAGACUCCUAUAAAGGAGUUGCCCAUAACAAUCCAUAACCUCAAUGCUCUAAGGAUUCUUGAUGUUUCUGAGUGUAAAAACCUCAGUAAUCUUCCAUCAUGCAUUAUGAAGUUGCAUCAUUUGUGUUCUCUUACAACUAAAGGUUCUACAUUUGAUCAUCUACCUCCGGGAGUGGGAAAUUUGAACAAACUACAACUUCUUGAAUUCAUUGUGCCUCUAGACAAGGAUAUUGCACGGAAAUCCUCUACUGUUAAGGAGUUGGAGACACUCACGGAGCUAAGGCGAUUAAAUUUGUACAAGCUGGAAAGGGUGUUGGACAGCUCUCAAGCAAAAAGUGCUUCUCUCAAAGACAAACUACACCUCAAAGAACUCGCACUGAGUUGCUCGGAGAGAGAUUCUAAUGAAGUUUCUACAGAUGAUUCCGACAGAAUUGAGGAGGUCUUUGAGGAUCUCCGCCCUCCAGUCCAACUAAAAAUUCUUAAAAUUAGCAACUAUUUUGGAUGCAAGCUACCAAGUUGGCUGGGAUCUCGACUAUUUAACAUUCGAUUUUUGAAAAUAACUGGUUGUAGCAAUUGCAAGAAACUUGACGGAUUAGGAUUGCUGCCUUUCUUGGAAGCAUUUUAUAUUGAAGGUGCAUCAUCAGUAAAAAGCAUUGGCCCAGAAUUCUACACAAACAACAACAUAGAAAAUGGAGCAUAUCAAAACUCUGUCUUAUUUCGAAGUAUGAAGCUAUUGAGCUUUGAAAAUAUGGAUAGCUGGGAGGAGUGGAGUAGUUUGGGUAAAGAUAUACGUGUGAUGCCUUGUUUGGAGGUUUUGCAAAUUUAUGCAUGCCCAAAGCUCAAGUCAAUUCCCGAACAAGUCCUGUUUCAUGCAGCUAGCUAUUUGAAGAGAAUAAGAAUAUGUAAGACUCCCCAACUCCUCCUAAAAAAGCUGCACUACCUCCGUUUUCUAGAAAUCAUUGAAAUUGGAAACAUCCCUUACCUGGAGAAGAUCUCGGGAGUUCCGGCGCUUCAACGACUAAAGAUAGAGGACUGUCCGGGGAUUAACUUGGUGGAGCUCACACAUACAUUGCAAAAUAUCGACUGGAAAGACUUCAAUGCCGACUCACUUCCAAUGUGGUUUGACGGCAACAUAAAAGUCACUUACCUGCAAAUAAGUUGCAAAGAGGAAUUGGUGAGGAAGAUAUGCGUCAACAAUGUUCAUGAGUGGUCUAAAAUCCAACAAUUUGACAACAUCACUGUCUUGGACGAGAACGAACGUUUAAGGCUCACCCACCCCGAAAUGCCCAAUAGCUUCACUAAGUAUGACGGGCAAGUUAAAUGGGUAGACGUCUCAGGUCCAGUAGAUGAGGAGCUAAUUAUGCUUAAAAUACGACGCGGCGAAGUGGAGGAGCCCAUUAUGCCUGAAUUCUCUUGUUACAGAAUGCCUUUUCCUACAUUUGAAGAGAAUGACAAUGAAUUAUGGCCUCAUGCAGUCUCUGAAUCAUGUUUGAUCUCCCCCUUUUGGAGCGGCUUCUUGUUUGUUUUGUUGGUGCUCAUUACAAUAACAUGGGGGAGGUAGCCCACUACACCUAACUAAAAUAUGUCGCCCAUAUGUGCAACCUAACUUCUCUACAUGCAUGGCCUGAUGGCCUUAAUGACAAUUCCGUCGUAUACAGCUUGGGGUACAAAAUUAUCGCGUCUCUGUCACCUAUUCUUCGCAUUUAUUAUUCCUUUUGAUAUCAUGAAGAGUUCUUUAA